AUGGCUAGUAGUGGUGGUGUUUCUUGCUUUUUAAAGCUAUUCUUUGGAACGCUUGCAGUGAUGGGGUUUAUUUGUGUUUUGUUAGUUGGUACCCUAGAAACUCAAGGAGGGUCGACUAAAACAGCAACCUCAACGGCGGCAGCGCCAGAGUCGUUUUCAGAAAAGCCUGCGGAUGUGGUGGGAAGAGAGAACAAGCUUGUUCAUCCAGAGUUGGAUCUCAACUAUAUGAGUAAAAGAAGAGUCCCCAAUGGACCAGAUCCUAUUCACAACAGGAGAGCCGGGAACUCGGGACGGCCCCCUGGUCAAGCUUAG